AUGUUCAGGAACGCCUUGCGCCAGUCUAGCCGCACGGCUGGUGCAAUCUCUGCUUCGGGCAGGAUUGUGGUGAACCGCGCAUCUGUGCAAGCCCCCUUCAAUGCCGCCAGUAAACAGAUUCGAAGUUACGCUGCCGAUGCUAAAGCUUCUCCCACUGAAGUCUCAUCCAUCCUCGAACAACGGAUCCGAGGUGUUCAAGAAGAAGCCGGCCUUGCCGAGACUGGGCGUGUUCUUUCCGUUGGUGACGGUAUUGCCCGUGUGCAUGGCAUGAACAAUGUACAAGCAGAAGAACUGGUUGAGUUCGCUUCGGGUGUUAAGGGCAUGUGCAUGAACUUGGAGGCCGGACAAGUCGGUGUUGUGCUUUUCGGCUCAGAUCGUCUUGUCAAGGAAGGCGAGACAGUGAAGCGGACAGGACAGAUUGUUGAUGUUCCCGUUGGAGAGGCUAUGCUUGGCCGCGUUGUUGAUGGUCUAGGCAACCCAAUCGAUGGCAAAGGCCCAAUCAAGACUUCCGAGCGACGACGUGCGUCCGUGAAAGCGCCUGGCAUCCUUCCCCGGCGUUCCGUCAAUCAGCCUGUGCAAACCGGCCUCAAGUCUGUCGACGCCAUGGUGCCAAUCGGUAGAGGCCAACGUGAGUUGAUUAUUGGAGAUCGUCAGACAGGCAAGACCGCUGUUGCGCUCGACACCAUGCUGAACCAAAGACGAUGGAACAAUGGCAACGACGAGACGAAAAAGCUAUACUGCAUCUACGUUGCCGUGGGACAGAAGCGUUCUACUGUUGCUCAACUGGUGCAGACCCUCGAAGAGAACGACGCCAUGAAGUACUCAUGUGUGGUUGCCGCGACCGCCUCAGAAGCCGCUCCUCUACAAUACAUCGCUCCUUUCACAGGCACUGCCAUUGGCGAAUGGUUCCGUGAUAAUGGCAAGCAUGCGGUCAUCAUCUACGAUGACCUUUCGAAACAAGCUGUUGCCUAUCGUCAAAUGUCACUGUUACUUCGUCGCCCACCUGGGCGUGAAGCUUAUCCGGGUGAUGUGUUCUAUCUCCACUCUCGACUCCUGGAACGUGCAGCCAAGAUGAACGAUAAGCUCGGAGGUGGUUCUCUAACUGCCCUACCGGUCAUUGAGACCCAGGGUGGUGAUGUGUCUGCAUAUAUUCCCACGAAUGUCAUCUCCAUUACUGACGGCCAAAUCUUCCUGGAAGCUGAGCUGUUCUACAAGGGUGUCCGGCCUGCUAUCAAUGUCGGACUUUCUGUCUCUCGUGUCGGCUCUGCUGCUCAGCUCAAGGCUAUGAAGCAAGUUGCGGGAUCCCUCAAACUCUUCUUGGCUCAAUAUCGAGAAGUCGCUGCUUUUGCACAAUUCGGCUCUGAUCUUGAUGCGGCUACGAAGCAGACACUCAAUCGUGGUGAACGUUUAACUGAGCUUCUCAAGCAGAAACAGUACUCUCCUAUGGCUGUCAACGAGAUGGUGCCUCUCAUCUAUGCUGGUGUGAAUGGCCACCUGGACGGUGUUCCGGUCAACAAGAUCUUGACAUGGGAAACUGAUUUCCUCGCACAUUUGAGGAGCAAUGAAUCCGAGCUUCUACAGCAGAUUGACAAGCAGGGUCAGUUGAGCAAGGACUUGGAAGGGCAAUUGAAGGAGGUGGUCACCAAUUUCACCAAGAACUUUACAUAG